GUAUCGUAGGAACGAGGAAGUCAUACGAACGGAUACAGCGAAAGAGAUAGAAAAUGAAGAUCAAAAUCAUCUUCGCGUGCGCCACGGCUUUAACGAUAACAUCUGUGGCCUCGAUUACUAAGAUAAGCGGUGAAGAAGCCUACGUGAAACCAAUCCACGAAGGUGAGGGAGAUUACGCUCGAGUCUUGGAGCUCUCUUUAUUAUUCUACGAAGCGCAACGAUCUGGUAAACUUCCGGAGGAUAACAGAAUAUCCUGGAGAGGUGAUUCCGCGUUGAACGAUCAUGGAAUCAAUGGCGAAGAUCUUACGGGUGGUUAUUACGACGCUGGUGAUUUCGUGAAAUUUGGUUUCACAAUGGCAUCAACGACAACCCUUUUAGCAUGGGGAGCUGCUAGUUGGCCCGAAGCUUACGUCGAGGCCGGUCAAAUUGACGAAAUUCGCAAAGCUAUUAAAUGGGCUACUGACUAUUUUAUCAAGUGUCACGUAAGCGAGUUUGUCUUUUAUGGACAAGUCGGAGACUUUUCUGUCGAUCACGCGUAUUGGGGAAGACCAGAAGAAUUAAAUACAACGAGGCCAGUUUACAAAAUCGAUCCUGAUCAUCCAGGUUCCGAUUUAGCUGGGGAAACUGCGGCGUCACUUGCAGCAUCCAGUAUCGUUUUCAAGAAUGUUAAUCCAGAUUAUAGCGAACGUUGUCUGAAGCAUGCAAAAGAGCUUUAUAAUUUUGCUAAUAAAUAUCGUGGACUUUAUCACAGUGCUAUUCGUGGAGCAGCGCAAUAUUACGAAAGCACUGAUUACGGGGAUGAGUUGGCUUGGGCCGCGGCUUGGCUCUUCAAAGCAACCAACGAUUCGAGGUAUCUCGAGGAUGCCGAACAUCAUUAUCAACAUUUUCAUCUUAAAGAAAGGCCAAAUGAGUUCUUCUAUAAUAAAAAGGUUGCCGGUGUUCAGGUUUUGUUAGCUCAACUGACGGGUCAAUUGGAAUAUCAAAAUGCCGCGCGUGCUUUCUGCGAUUUUUCUGUUCGACAACAAAAGCGUACGCCCAAAGGAUUAUUAUAUAUCGACAAAUUCGGUACCCUUUGUCAUGCUGCAAAUGUAGCCUUUGUUUGUCUGCAAGCUGCCGAUUAUCCCAAUAUCGGUGAUUCCCAGGAAUAUCGUCAAUUUGCAACGGAUCAAAUUUCCUAUAUGAUAGGCGAUAAGGGAAGAAGUUACGUGGUUGGAUAUGGAAAUAAUCCACCUACGCAACCGCAUCACGCAGCUUCCUCCUGUCCAGAUAAACCAAUGCCUUGCGGAUGGCCAGAAUUCGACAGACAAGAACCCAAUCCUCAAAUACUUUACGGUGCUUUGGUAUCUGGACCCGACGAGGCCGACGAAUUUCAAGAUCAUAGAGAAGAAUAUAUUUAUACGGAAGUGACGCUAGACUACAAUGCCGGUUUCACGAGCGUUUUAGCGGGACUCUUGCAAUUACGAAUUAAAAAAGUAGAAUGAA